UAUAUAAAUCAUCUAAAUAACUGAAAUCAAUCAAACAUACUCUAAAAGGUGUGCAGCCACUAACAAUUCAUUGAAGUUUCCAACCCAGUAAUUAAUAGUAACAGUAAAACAGGUAUGGAAUGGUAAUUAUAUCUUGGUUUUCCAAAUUGGACUAGUAAAAUGGACGGAGGGAGUACUUUUUAUAUCCCAAUAUAGACGUCUCAUUUUAUUUGGGAAUGUGUAUCAGUCAAAAAGUUGACAAUUUACUUACUGUAUUUAUUUUACUGAUUGAGUUCAAAAGUAGCAAGUAAAAUUAACACUUGAAAAAUUUAAACUUUUUCGGCAUAGAAGAUGGGUCUCAUAGUAAACCAAUAUUCAAAAAUAAUUUGAAUUUUGUAGGAAAUAUCUACCGGGUAAGAAUUCGUACCUCCCUUUUCCAAACAUCUGGGGAGCUGAGGAGCUCAAGUAAAGAGAAAUGUGGACAUAAUUUUAGGCAAUCCCAGAUAUAGAAAUAGGAUUACAAAGUUGGGUGAGAUGGAGUAUCUUUAUUUAUUUUGUGUUAUUAAUAUUUGAUAAGAGUUGAAUAUGUUAAUUGGGGUUCAUUUGUUUGUGAUACUUGAUUACUCCUGGUACCAGUUUUUUUUUCUUUUUCAUUUUUUGCUUUCGCAUAUUAACUGAAUGAACUUUGAUCAUAAUGUAUGUGGUAUUUUACUGAUAUUUUGAAAUGGAAAUGUUUUCAAGUUAUAACGUCAUGUAGUUUCUACAUUUCUAAAUAUUGUUAUCUAUUGAGGAAUUUAUUCAUGUCCGGAUGUGGUGCAAAAUAAGAAAAGGUUCUCACAUCAUGGAUGGAUGAGGGUGAUAGUCCAAGAGAGUUGGAUCUGGGUAGGUAGCUAUAACAUAGACAUCUUGACAGGGAAACGAUGGAAUUAGUUGAUACCCUACAAAGGAGGAGAGUUGAUAUUGCAAGCCUACGGGAAACUAAAUGGACAGGGCAAGGCUAGAGAGAUAGGUAACACGGGUUAUAAACUUCUGGUCGAUGCACUAAAAAAAGACAGCCUGACAGCUAGUCUUUGUUGUCAAACAGAGAGUCUUCCCACAGUGUAUCUGGAAUUGCCUUUAGGAGCAAAACAGGAGACAGAUUCUAUAUGGCAGGGUGUGAUAGAACGAUGUGAAAAGACAUUAUCUAAUUGGAAUAAGCAGUACAAUUCUUUCGAGGGAUGCGUGAUUCUAAUCAAUAGUGUAUUGGACUCGAUGUCAACAUACAUUAUGUCUUUGUUUCCCAUGCCUAUUAAGGUAGAGAACAGAAUACAUUAUUUAGUAGAGACUUUCUAUGGCAGCGGAACAGAGAAUGUAUAACAUUUAACUUAGUCAAAUGGAACUCUGUCAUCACAAAGAAAGACGGAGGAGCUUUGGGUGUCAAGAAUCUGAAAAUGCAAAACAGGAGCCUCUUAAUGAAAUGGCUAUUGAGAUUCAAUGUUGAAUAAACUGCUUUAUGGAAAAAGGUUAUCACAGCAAAGUAUGGACAAAUGAUUGAAUGGGUUCCAAAUAUAGGUCCUCCACCUCAGGGAGUGGCUGUUUGGAGAAACAUUAGAGCUCUUUGGCAUAGUUUUUCUCCGAAUGUUGAUACCAUGGAAGGAAUGUCUAAGUUUGGCAAGAUAAUUGGCUUGGAAAGAUAGGUAACACGGGUUAUGAACUUCUGGUGUCAAUCAGUAAGGGAAGCAUGUAUGUCCUGGUGUUUGUGGAGAGUUGAUAAAUCCGUCAAGAAUAUCUGGAGAAUGAUACCUGCUUGCAUUUUUGGAGUAUUUGGUUAGAGAGGAAGAGGAGAUGUUUUGAUGAGGUCUCAACUCCCAUAUGCUCUUUAAGGACUAAAUGUAUUACUAGUUUAUUUAGUUGGUCCAGUUUGACCUCAGUAAAUAAUCCAGAUCAGUUACUGGACUUCACUAGCUCUUUAGCUCUGGCUUAGUCAGUUUUCGUAUACAAGCCAGAAAUAUUUUUUGUAAGCUUCAAUGACAUAUAUUGUACCUACUGCAUCUUCUUGAUGCUUUUUUCUUUAAUGAAAUCACUUACUUCAUUAAAAAAAGUUAAUUGGCUCGGACACUCACCUCUCAGGGAUUCCACGGCUUGAACCCUUUGACCUCCUAGUCACGUUACUUUGUUAGAUGUUGUAUAUGAUUAAGAUUACACUCAGAUAAACGAAGAUGAAGCAGAGAAGGUAGCAUGUUAAUCACCUGUAGCCAUUCAGUACCGUUGCUAAGAUCCACAUCCACACUAUCCAUAAGCAGGUGUUCAAGAUUCAAAGGACUUGGCAGCCACUCAAGGCUAUUGAUCCUUACAUAUGUAGAUUCAAAAGACUUGGCAGUAAGCCUCCGCUGUGCAUGAGGUCUAGGGAAGGGUUAGAUGAUAUCCGGUCUCUCAAACACAGCCCUACCUUGCAUUCUUUCAAGAGGUGCCUCAACAUCAAACAAUAAGGUGGAUGUUAGACCUCCAAAUCUGGAUAUUUUUCAGCAAAGACAGAAUAACAUGGGACAACUUUCUCGUGUCAAUGGAACUCCAUUGGCUGGUGUGGACGCUAGUACCUCUAAAGGGAUGCUUCAUUUGUACAAGAACCGAUUACAACACUAUGCCCAGAAGCAAAGUCUCACAUUACCCGUGUAUUCUUCUGAACUUGAUGGCCCUCCUCACACCCGUCGUUUUAGGUCAAAAGUUACUGUUGAUGGGAAAACUUAUGAAACUCAGGAGUUCUUCUCUACAUUGAAGGAAGCUGAACAUGCAGCUGCAAAAGUUGCUUUUGAGUCAUUAGCACUGAAUGACAUUCAGGAGGAUGAAGGUUUAUACAAGACACUUCUGCAAGAACUGGCUCAAAAAGAGGGUUUACUUUUUCCAGUUUAUGAUACAGCCAGAACUGGCCCACCUCAUGCACCAAUAUUCCGCUCAAUGGCGGAAGUUGGAGGUAGGACUUUUCAAGGACAAGAAGCUAAAACCAAGAAGCAAGCAGAGAUGAAUGCUGCAAAGAUUGCUUACAAUGCCCUUGUGAAAGGUGGUCAACUAGAUGAACCUCUUAAGGUACUUCCAGCCAGCUCAGGAUGUGCUGCUGCUGAUGUUUCACAAGCAGUUGUUCAGCAGAAGACCAAGUCGAUAAUUGAAGAACUAAAUCUGCAAAAUGAAGAGGCAGAGAAAAAUGCAAAAAGGCACAGAUGCUCGAGUGCACCCAACACAUAUUCCAUUAUCAGGGAUCCCUGUCCUGCUGUCCCAUCUUCUGCUUCAGCUGUCUUUGAUCAUUCAACUGAUUCAGUUGCGGCGUCUGCUGAUUCUGGUACAUAUGCUGGGACCACUGUUUUGCCAAGUGAGAAGAUUUUCAUUUUCCCCCGGAAUGCAAAGAUGGAGCUUCGUAAUGGUGCUUCUGUUUUGCCUUGCAGCGAUGAAAAAUGGGUUGCUGCUAGCUUAGAAUUGAAUCGAAAUCACUGAUUGCAAAGACCCACCUUUGUGAUGCUGUUUGAUGAAUCUUAUCUUGAUGAUAAGCUUCAACUCAGAUAAAUCUCUUUUGGUGCUAUUACUAUAUAUUUGUGUAAAAGAAACUUUUGGGCAGUAGAUACAGAAAGUUGAUCUAUGCUAUAUUCUCUGAGUAAGUACUAAGUAGUUAUGCUUAUUAAGAGAAUUGACAUUCCUUAGUAUUUUUGAGAUGACAACCUAAUGUUGGUGUACGAAGCAAGAAAAACAAGGGAAAAAUGUCUACCCAAUUUGGAA